UUAUUUUCCUUUUGAGUCAGUUUCAUGUAGCCUCCAACUCAUGAAGUAGAGGAGAAGUUUGAAUUUUUGAUCCUACCACCUCCAACCCCCGCAAGUGCUGGGAUUCUAGGCGUGCACGUCCUUUUUGUGCGGUGCUGGGGUUGGAACCCAAGGCUCCGGGCAUGCCAGGCAGGCACGCUACCACUGAGCCUCAUCCUCAUCCUCCUUUCUCCCAUCUUUUUUUUAAAGACGACAACAGUUGCUUUGAGAGCCCCGGGUCGUCUUACUGGUUUUUCUCAGUCUCCGCCUGGCACGUGAACGCCACCCCCUCGCACCCCCAGAGUCGGGAGGCAGGAAGUACCAAGCAGACCGGUGCUGACCUCCCCAAUCGGCCCUGGUCACCACCAAGCCCGGCUCCGCACGGAGAAGCCCCGCCCUGAGCUCGUGCGGGUCCCGGCAUCCCUCACGCGCCGACUCUGGACUUCCGGGCCGGGGCGGAACCGGCGGCCAGGGCCGCUCCCGUUUUUGCAUCUUCCCUGGCUGCAGCCUCGCAUCGCCGCAUCCCGGGGACCAUGGAGCCCCGGGCAGUGGCGGAUGCCGUGGAGAGAGGAGAGGAAGACGCCAGGACGGAAGCUCUGCUGUCGUUCAACCGGGAGCACUCGCAGAGCUUCACCUUUGAUGACGCCCAGCAGGAAGACAGGAAGAGACUCGCAAAAUUGCUGGUCUCGGUCCUGGAGCAGGGAUUGCCCCCACUGCACCGUGUCACCUGGCUGCAGACCAUCCGCAUCCUGUCCCGAGACCACCGCUGCCUAGACCCAUUUGCCAGUCGUCAGAGCCUCCAUGCACUAGCCUGUUACGCUGGCAUCUACCCCUCGGAGGGGCCCAUCCCAGAGACCCCAGACAUGGAUGUCGUCCUCGAGUCCCUCAAGUGCCUUUGCAACCUCGUGCUCAGCAGUCCCACGGCACAGAUGCUGGCAGCAGAAGCCCGCCUGGUGGUGAAGCUGGCGGAGCGCGUGGAGCUGUACCGCCAAAGGAGUUUCCCCCACGAUGUCCAGUUCUUCGACCUGAGGCUCCUCUUCCUGCUGACAGCCCUCCGCACUGACGUUCGCCAGCAGCUGUUUCAGGAACUGCACGGGGUGCGCCUACUGACUGAUGCGCUGGAGCUGACACUGGGCGUGGCUCCCAACGAGAGCCCCCCUGAAAUCCUUCCUCCCCAAGAGACAGAGCGGGCCAUGGAGGUUCUCAAAGUACUCUUUAACAUCACCUUUGACUCCAUCAAGAGGGAGGUGGAUGAGGAAGAUGCUGCACUUUACCGAUACCUGGGGACCCUUCUGCGGCACUGUGUGAUGAUUCCUUCUGCCGGAGACCGCACAGAGGAGUUCCAUGGCCACACAGUGAAUCUCCUGGGGAACUUGCCCCUCAAGUGUUUGGAUGUCCUUCUCACCCUGGAGCUGCAUGAAGGUUCCUUGGAGUUUAUGGGCAUUAACAUGGAUGUGAUCAGCGUCCUCCUUGCUUUCUUGGAGAAGCGUCUGCAUCAGACCCACAGGCUGAAGGAGAGUGUGGCUCCCGUGCUGAGUGUCCUGACAGAAUGUGCCCGCUUACAUCGUCCUGCCAGGAAGUUCCUGAAGGCUCAGGUGCUACCCCCAUUGCGGGAUGUGAAGACUCGACCUGAGGUGGGGGACCUGCUCCGGAACAAGCUGGUCCGCCUCAUGACACACCUAGACACCGACGUGAAGAGGGUAGCUGCCGAGUUCCUCUUUGUGCUGUGCUCUGAGAGUGUGCCCCGAUUCAUCAAGUACACAGGCUACGGGAAUGCUGCUGGCCUCCUGGCUGCCAGGGGCCUCAUGGCAGGGGGCCGGCCUGAGGGCCAGUACUCAGAGGAUGAGGACACGGACACUGACGAGUACAAGGAAGCCAAGGCCAGCAUCAACCCUGUGACCGGAAGGGUGGAGGAGAAGCCACCCAACCCCAUGGAGGGCAUGACGGAGGAGCAGAAGGAGCACGAGGCCAUGAAGCUGGUGAACAUGUUUGACAAGCUCUCCAGGCACAAAGUCAUCCAGCCCAUGGGUAUGAGUCCCCGAGGUCAUCUCACCUCCCUGCAGGAUGCAAUGUGCGAGACCAUGGAGGGGCAGCUUUCCUCAGACCCUGACUCAGAACCUGACUGAAGAUAGCGCCCUCUGCUUCCCUUCAGAACUGGUGCUGCUCCCAGAGAUGCCCUUGGGGUGCGGCCUGGAGAAGCUACACUUCUCUCCAGCUGGGGACCCUUUCUGUUUACUCCCCACUCUGUGAUUUGCAGUUUUUUGUACCGUUUCUUGUCUUUAGGGCUGUGAUGGUCUUGUCUUCUGUAAAGACUGGGAACCCGCCUUCAACUUUACAAAUGGUUAUUUUUCUGAUGUGCAGAGGCUACUGCUAAGGGCAGGACUACUUUGGCACACAGAUGAGCAUGCAUGUGUGAGGGCAGUGGCUGAGCAGGGCACACAUGGUACAAGCAUGUCUGGAGCUGGCAUGGCAGCUCACAGUCCGUAUGUGGGGCAUAUGCAGUGUUGCACAAGUGAAAGAAUCUGCUGGAAGUGUACAUCCAAAACGAACUGAGCACCUGAAGCAUGUUCCUGUUUGUAGCCCACUGAGCACAGGGCAGGUGGCCCCUUCUGCAUUCUCUAUAGUCCUGGCUCCACCACCCACUGUAUUAUCUGCACACCCAAGCUUUCACUUGUGGUUACAACUGAAUUGGUCACAUUCAACUAGCUUAGUAAUAUGGGGAGGAAAAUGCCCCUCAUGAAAUCAUAAAGUGGAAUCUCGAGAUUUCUGAGAAACACCCCAGAAUAAAGAGUUCGAGGCAA